AUGUGUCCGGGAUACCAAUAUCGCCGCAUGUAUUCGGUAGGAAUCCGGACAACCUCUCCGUGGAAGAAAACUGGAGCUCAUCUAAACCCAGGUGCCGCCGUCUGGGAAAAGAAUGUGUACAUCGCCGGACUGGCCGUCGAUUUAAUGGCUUUCAUAAGGACCGGUGAGCUGACUUUCCGUGAUAAACAUGGUUUAUUCACCUCUAACCCAUCACCCAGUAAGAUCGCCGCUCUCGAGUCCAAGAUCAAUGAACUCAAGGCCGACCGUGCUGGCCCAAAAAACAACAACAACAGCACGAGCGCACGCAGUUCAUCAUUAGCUGACGGCGAUGCUGCGCCUGAAGAGAUCAUCAACAGACACUUCCUUGACGUGGAUACCGCCGAAAGGUACCUAAGCACGUUCAAGACCAAACUGACCCCACACUUCCCAUUUGUGGUUGUACCCCCUGAUGUAUCUUUCAAGCAGCUCCACCAGGAGAAACCGUUCCUAUGCCUAGCAAUUCUUGCGUCGGCUUCGUACGAGAACAUGCCGCUGCAGCGGGCGCUCGGCGACGAAGUCAAGAAAGUCGUCGCAUCCCGCAUGGUCAUCGGUGGGGAGAUUUCCUUUGAGUUGCUUCAAGGGCUGCUCGUGUUUCUCGCAUGGUAA